AUGGGAAAUAGCGACCUCGAUAGGCAAAUCGAAAAAAUCCGGAAUUGCGAGCUUAUUACCGAAGGAGAAGUUAGACGUUUGUGUGCAAAAGCUUACGAAAUAUUAAUAGAAGAAUCGAACGUACAGCGAGUCGAUGCACCAGUGACGAUAUGCGGCGACAUACAUGGUCAAUUUUACGAUUUGAUGGAACUGUUUAGGGUUGGUGAUGAUUGUCCCAAGACCAAUUACUUGUUUCUAGGUGAUUUUGUUGAUCGUGGUUACUAUAGCGUCGAGACGUUCUUUUUAUUGCUUGCGCUCAAGGUGAGAUAUCCCGAUAGAAUCACUCUUAUAAGAGGCAACCAUGAGUCUCGACAAAUUACUCAAGUCUAUGGAUUUUAUGAUGAAUGUGUUCGUAAAUAUGGAACAGCCGAUGUAUGGAAUCUCUGCUGCGAUAUAUUUGAUCUCAUCAGUUUGGCUGCCAUAAUUGACGAUAGAAUAUUCUGUGUGCAUGGUGGACUAUCUCCGACUAUUCAAGUACUCGAUCAGAUUAAAAAUCUUGACAGAAUGCAGGAAGUUCCACACGACGGACCUAUGUGUGAUUUGCUCUGGUCUGAUCCUUAUGAUUCUUCAGAUAUGGAUGGAUGGAGCCUGAGUCCCCGUGGAGCUGGUUUUCUCUUUGGAGGGGACGUUGUCGCAUCGUUUUUACAUAUGAAUGAUUUGGAGCUAAUAGCAAGGGCACAUCAGCUUGUAAUGGAAGGUUACAAAUUGAUGUUUGGCGAGACACUGGUGACAGUAUGGUCAGCCCCAAAUUACUGUUAUAGAUGUGGCAAUGUUGCAGCGAUACUAGAAUUAGACGAUCAACUAAACCAAACUUACAAAAUUUUCGAUGCAGCAACGGAGCCUCCUGGACUGGUAUCUGUCUCGUUUUGUAAUGGCCCUAAUAAGUCAGCAUCUAUGGAUUUCAACACUGAGUUGGACACACAGCCUCAGGCCUCUACAUCUGGAGCAUCUGUCACCAUUGGUCCAUUUACAUUGUUUUGCCUUGUUCAUGGUGGCAGCCUUGAAAAUGCAUUUCCAGUCAAGACUGACAAGAAUGCAACCAUUGGAGAGUUCAAGAAUGCCAUAAAAGCAAUGAAGUCAAAUGAAUUUGGUGACAUUGAUGCUGACAAACUCAUGUUGUGGAAAAGACAGUUUGAACUACUCAGUGAAGCAGAUAUUGAGGAUUUAGGGGGUGUGAAGAUAAUAGAUCCAACAGCAGAAAUUGGUGAGGAAUUUGGUGCACUACCCCCCAAGAGGCAUAUCCAUGUCAUUGUCACAUGCCCACCUCAUAAGUAG